AUGCUUGGAGAGGUGGCCCCCGAGCCAGUUUCGGGCACUCCGCCAAACGAUGAUCCCGAUAGCACCAAGCCUUCUCCAAAAGCGAGGACGUGGAACAGAAUUAUCCAAGGGCUAAAGGCUGCUCAGAAGUACUCGGCAAUUGGUUUCACCGCGUUUGCCGGCCUGCAUUUGACCUCUACGAUUGUGUUGCCCGCACUGGUCUCGGUCGACGCUGGAAACGCUGCUCUCAUGGCCGGUCGUACCCUAUACCAAUCGUCUCUUGGUGAGCCGUUGUGGGUCUACGGCAGCUUGCUUCUGCACAUUACUAGCGGGCUUAUUCUCCAUGCUCGUCGGGUGUAUAUAGCAAAGACCCGUCACGGGCGCUGGAUUUGUGGUUUGACCCCCACGAUUACCUCGGGGCUGAUACUCACUGUUUUAGCAAGCAGCCAUCUUUAUGCUACUCGCCUCAAGCCCACGAUGGCCCUAGGUGACAGCUCACUGAUCAGCCUAGACUUUAUUACCUGGGCCUUGAAAGACAACAUCUGGGUCACUGGGUCGGCAAUAAUCCUGCUAUCUUUUGUUUUUUUCGACCACGCUCUGCGCGGUGUUGAUUAUUGGUACCGCUUGGGUAUCAAGUACUAUCGAAACGCUAUCGUCGGUGCUAUGGUAGGGCUUACGGCUCUUUCGCUGGCCAGAAUCCGAGCAGCACCUGACGUUACUGGAUGGAUUGCCUCGCAGUACCAACUAGCCCACUAA